AUCUUACUCACCUUUUCUCACUCCUCUACUGUUCUUUUUUCAUUUUUUCAUUUUCUAUUUUCUUUAUAUAUCUCUUUAUAACAAAAUGCUUUAUUCUAACGUCGUGUUCAACUCUGCAUACUGGAAAUCGUUUACCCAACGACCAAAGUUCACUACACAUGAUAUUCCUGAUCUCACAGGAAAGGUCGCUAUUGUUACAGGAGCCAACUGUGGUCUUGGCUACGCUACUGCAGUGGCCCUAGCUGCACAUGGCGCUCGAGUCUUCUUUGCUUGUCGCUCACAGCUACGAGCACUCGAGGCGAUCGAACGAGCUAAAGAGGAAAUCAAGAGGAAACACCCACAACUCAACCCGAACCCCGAGUUUGAUUUCUUGAAACUCGACCUGAAUGAUAUGAGACAGUGUCACCAUGCAGCACAGCAGUUCUUGGACAGAGGUCUACCCCUUCAUAUCCUGAUCAACAAUGGAGGUAUUAUGACCACUCCUUUUGCCUUGAGUGCUGAUGGGAUCGAGCAACAAUUCGCAGUCAACCACAUGGGUCACUUUGUAUUCACGAUGGCAUUGCUGGACAGGAUCAAAGAGUCGCAACCUUCACGAAUUGUCAUGCUCUCCUCGAUCGGACACGAGUUGACCGUGAAGGGGGGCAUUGAUUUCGAUACUCUGAAUGAUAAGAAUGCCUCCAACACAACAAGUCGUUAUGGACGUAGCAAACUCGCCAACAUACUCAUUGGUAAAGCUUUGGCUCGUCGUCUAGCCAACGAAAAGGUCUAUGUCAAUAUGCUUCAUCCAGGCUUUGUCUAUACAAAUCUAGCCAGGAAUAAUAAAAAAUCUUUGGGUGCGAUUGCUGCAGGAGUGUAUGACUUCGCAGGUAAGGUGUGUGCCUCCACUCCGGAAAUCGGUGUCCUGAAUCAAUUGUACUGUGCCACUAGCCCAGAGAUUGAAGAACAGGAUAUCCGGGGCAGAUACUUUGUGCCUGUUGGAAAUGAUUGCCGACCCAGUCACUAUGCGUUGGAUGAGGAGUUGCAAGAGAAGUUGUGGACAUUCUCUGUGAAACUUGCUAACGAGAGAAUACGAGCUCGGGGACCAGAACCAGAAUCAGAAGAAGCUAAAGUGGAUAUGAAGUGAUGACUAGUCGAGCUGUAUACUUUUCUUUUUAACAUAAAAAUAUAUGUUUCAUAGUUUAUAUUUGUCACCUGUUGCAUGCUUGCCUUUGGCACCAAACAGGACCGUGACAAAGGAUUGUUGUUUCCCAUCAGUGAAAUAUAAAUUUUUGCCAGAUUUGCGGGCAAUUUGGCUCGGACUGGUUCAGCUAAUUUUC